CGGUAAUAAAAUGGCUUCGGAUGAAGACAACAAUUCGUUAAACUCAUCACCAAAACGUGCCACAACACUUGCAGCAGCAGCAGCAGCAGCAGCAGCAUCAGCGCAUACUUCUUCGACCUCGACCCCAAACUCAGCAAACGGCACGGCAAACGUCGCAACCGGAGGCGUUACAUCUGCUCAAAUGUUACGGCGAAAGAAAGUCAUGCCAUUGGAACAUGGUUGUGAAGACAAUUGGACUUGGAGUAAACUGUAUCGUUCCAAGGAGAUUGUUUUAAGCGGUGCCAACAAUCGCACAGUGCAUUUUCAUCCCAACUGGAGUAAAGGUACAGCGGGUGUACAGGGCAAGCGGCCGUUGAAUAAUGGGCGAUUCUAUUGGGAAUUGCAUGUGUCGCAGCGUGUUUUCGGUACAAGCAUUAUGUUCGGUAUUGGCACAAAACAGGCGCGUCUGCACGCCAACUCCUUUCGCAACAUGUUGGGCGAGAACGAACACGGUUGGGGUCUAUCGCACAAAGGUGUACUGUGGCACAAAGGUGUAGCGUUGCUUUACACCAAACGUUUCAAAGAGAAUCAUCCCACUGUCAUUGGCGUACUCUUCGAUGGCAUUGAAGGCACGCUCACCUAUUAUAAAGAUGGCAAAUGCUUGGGUGUAGCUUUUAGAGGAUUGGAUAAGAUCAAAGUGCCGCUCUAUCCGAUAGUCUGUUCGACAGCUGCUAAAACCGAAAUGACGCUAAAAUGUACGCGACGUGAUUUCGUAAAUCUGCAAGAUCGUUGUCGUGCCGAAAUAAUCAAACAUGUGAAGACGAGAGAAGAUUUGGUGAAAUUAAAAUUGCCGCCCCUCAUCACGCAAUAUCUGAGUGAGGUGGUGAAUGAUGUGGCGCCGUUGCGGCAAGUUGACAACUAUGACAUUUUAUGCGACUUUUAGAUGGUGAAAUUCGGGUCUGUGCGCAAGUAUUGUAGUUGAAGGGGUAGUGCUGACCUAUAUUUGUGCGGAUGAAAUUGAGCAGUUGAAUAAAUUUUCGUGCGGCGGUUAUAGCGAUGAGACAACAAUAGUAUAUCUGGUACAUCCAUGUCG